CUCACUCAGUUGAAUGAUGACAGUUCGGAAUCAUAGCAACAGGAGCCGGUUGCUGGGACCGAGGGACAGCACGUCGCAUGUUAAUUAGUUUCUUACUCUGAUUCCUAACAGAAACCUCCUGUGAUUACUCGAAGUCGCUUGCUGCUGCUUGUGUGAGCGUUCGCUAUGCCUAAGGAAGCCCGCCUAAAGCCCACGCGUUGCUUUUGCCCAAGUUAGCUUGCAGCCCAGUCAAAAACUGGGCAGCGUCCAAAUCAAACCGCUGUGGAAAUUCAGCAGGGAAAAGACGGCAAGCGUGAAGGCAAGGGGUGGGGGGGGGGGGAGCUCCAGUACUUUCCGCCAAUCGACUCCUCCCCCUUUCGAUCCGCAUCUGUAAUCGUUGACUGGUUCCCACCCUGCCGUGUUCAGCCAAUCUCAGUGAUCUGAAGAUGGGCAGCCGUCACUUGUAGCCUCACCACUUGUCUUGCCGCUGCCACGUUCGACAAUGCGCCGUAAAAUGGAACACUGGAGAGGUAGGAUCCGAGCAGGGUCUACUUCGCCGCUUUACUUCGAAAGUUCAGAAAAUGGGGAGGAAAUAGACCAAGGACCAAUUCGCACCGGCGUCAGGAGAUACGUUCAAUGCCCCAGUCCUUAAAUGUCUUUGAUCUGCUACAAACCAUCACCCGGAUCUUUCGUCUGUCUCUCUCUGUCUCUGUCUCUCUCUCAAACCAGACUGAAGUUAUAGUACCUGGGAUGAACCUGGUGAUAGCUGUUUUUCCCCAGUGCCACGGGAUAGGUUUCACGUUCAUCCGACUGCAGGGCCCACUGGAAGACGGUUGGGAGACGGCCAUCAUGUGUACCCGUCACCCAGUCUUCUCUGCUCUCCGGGGAUGCAACUCAGCUACCCAAAGACUCGCUCUGCUCUUGCUGUGUGCCAGCUUGGCGGGCAACGCUUCCGUCAUCUGCCCUUCGGUCUGCAUCUGUGCCAGCGAUAUCAUUACUUGCACCAAUAAGAAUCUGACCACUGUGCCAAGGAUCCUGUAUAAAGUUGCGACCAGUUUGGAUGUUAGCUACAACAGCAUCAGACUACUUGGCUCUAACUGGACUCCAACCAUACUGGACAGACUCAGAACCCUGAUUCUCAAUCACAAUAGUAUAGGCUUCCUCUCCAAGAGGGCAUUUUGGUCUACUCCUAAACUCAAGUAUCUGGAUCUGUCCUCCAACAAGUUAAAAAGUUUGAGCAACUCAUCGUUUCAAGGACUGAAUUCCCUGGAGAUACUGCUUCUUUACAAUAAUCAGGUCGCCCAAGUCAGCAGCGGAGCUUUCGAGGGUUUGUACAAACUUCAUAAACUGUAUCUCAGUCGAAAUCUGAUCUCCCACUUCCCAAUGCAACUCUUUAAAGGCAGGUCUAGACUUCCGCUUCUGGAACUCGUCGAUCUCUCCUUCAAUAAAUUGACGUCUGUACCUGCCCUGCAGUUAAGUGCUUUGCCCGUAAAGAUGCAGAAUGGUUUAUAUCUGCAUGCCAACCCAUUUACUUGCGAUUGCUCCUUCUACACCAUGGUCACCUACUGGUACAAGAGGCAGUUUAGGUCGGCGGUGGAUUUUAAGGAAGAUUAUAGAUGUUAUUUUCAGCUGGACGCCAAGAGAAGUGUCAGUGUUUUAUUGAUCCACGAUGAUCUUUUGAAUUGCUCUAACAGUGCCGUGAAUGGCUCUUUCCACGCUCUGGGCAUGUUCUAUGAGGCUUAUUUGGGGGACCGAGUAGUAAUAAACUGUGACAGCAAGAUUCUGGACAGCAGCACCAACGUCCUAUGGGUCACGCCCGAGAAUGAAACAUUGCAGACUGGCAUUCAAAGGCAGAGUCUGGGGGUGUUAUUGAACGGAAGCCUCGAAAUUCAAGACGUCCAGGUCGAAGAUGCAGGGGUCUACUCCUGUAUCGCAAUUAACAGUAGACGCAUGCUAAACGAGACCAUCGAGGUGACACUGAAAGUGCACAAUUUCACACAUACCAAGCACCGUCCACAUACCUUUAACACGGCCUUUACCACUCUCUCUGCCUGCCUCGCCAGCAUCAUUUUGGUCUUGAUCUAUCUUUACUUGACACCUUGCCGCUGCUGGUGCAAAUCCAAGCAAAGGUACCGGAAACCGAAGGAGAGCAGCGCGCGUUCCUCCAUUCUGAGCGCCACUCCUCCUCACGAGGCGGGCGCCGAGAGGAAGGUCAGCACCGGCAAGCGAGUGGUCUUUCUGGAGCCCGUCAAAGAGCCACUGAGGGGGCAGAAUGGGAAAGUGAAGCUGCUCCCUACCAGCCACGCCGUGUCCGAGAAGAUCCUGAGACCCAACAGAGGAAAGGCGGAUGUCGACUCCAUCAGCUCCGUGUUCUCCGAUAAUCUCAUUGUAGCUUGAUCCAAAUGCUGUUUAUGCGCCUGAGCGAUAAUCUAGGUUGCUGCCCACCGGACACCUGAGAUGACCCGUAAACCAAUAAUGUUGGAAUAUCCGGCAAAUCUCCCUGCCUGUGGAAAGAUUAAAGCAGGAGAGCUGAGAAAUGCCUCUGCUCUGAAUGUUAACAGGGUCGUGUCGGUUUGCGGAGGAGUUUUACAAACUAGUUCCAUGUCUGGAAUGGCGCGAGAUCCAGAGGAGGAAAAAUGCAUUUGCAGUUACUGGAUUCUGCAUAUAGCCCAUUAGUUUGGCACAAGUAAUAUCCAAGUUAAACCAACGUGGAGCCGUAGAAGCAGUUAUCAUGCCGCGUGCUUGCAAGUACAAGGUUCAUCUGAAAUUGGCCAUCUCAAAGUAUGCUUGGAGACAUUUCGCUAAGUCCUUAGAAAUCAGGAGCAAAGUAACGCCUCUUUUACUGAUGUUCAUCUACACUGAUAUGCAAUGCUAAAUUUAAUGACCAAUGAAGCUAUGUAAAAUAAUUCAUCGCUGCCGCACACAUUGAGUCCUACCUUCCUACGUUUUUCCAUAGGCCUCGUACACGCGUUACAUUUUAGAUCAAUUGUUGCUCUAGUCAGUUUGUUGAAGACUUGUACUGAUGUAUUUCAACAUCGACUUCCAGCCUAUAUUUAUAUUGCAAAUUAAAGUUUUAUAUAUUGCAUUACAAUUCCUGCUCAUAUUACUAACAUAUACAUUUGCUCGCAAAACAUGAUUUAAUUUAUUACCGUUUACCAAGUUUCCCCUUAAAGCUUUGGAACUGACAGAUUUAGCGAAGUUAGUUCUGAAGCUUCGUGUCCCAGCGACUUCAGUAAGAUUAAAGGAGUACUGGCAUUAGUAGAAAGAGUUCUCCAACAAGGACAUCGAUGGUUAAGCAUUGAGGGGAUUUUCCAUUCAAUGACUUAGUAAAUACAUCACUAAAAUAAUGGAGUCACAAUUGAUUAAUGCCAUCUUAAAUAUUAGUUUUCUCAGAUACUGGUAUCUGGCAUUGCCAAUGGGAAUGUCAGCUUCCUCAGUUUAUAUUCAGCGACGGGAACUGUCCGGGAAGGGAUUAAAAAGAAUUUCAACGCAGCUGUUCAUUUCGCCUUGCUCAAGCUAUGCUUCUAACUAGGAAGUAGCUGUUAUGACACCAGUUACAGGGAGUUCUGUCUAACUUAAGAUGUGAGGGUAAUUGCCUAACUAAACUAAGUAAAGCAAAUGAAAUGCAAUUAUCAGUUAUUUCAUGAAACACUUUAAAAUAAUUCACCUUUUCAAAAGAAAUCUAUUCCAAACAUAAACAUGUAUAGGUAGGAACUAAAGUGCUUACUUUGAAUGUGAAAUUGUUCAAUUAUUAGUUUGUACUGAUGUAUUUCAGAGAAAAAAGUAGGUCUGUAAAUGCAGUAUUUUGUAGUAUCAAUUUACUGUAGGAGAUAUAUAUCUUUGUUACCAUAACCUUUGAAACUUUAUUGUAAAAUGUAUGAUUCCCUUUCAUAUCUAUUGUCUUAGUUUGUAGUAUCCAGUUAUCAAAGCUGUAGAUUUGAAACAGACAAAUGUUACAACUACAAAAUCAGAAAAAAAUAUGUAUAGGAGCUUCUCCGAAACACACACAAAAUGCUGGAGGAAAUCAGCAGUCCAGGAAGCAUCUGUGGAGAAGAGUAAACAAUUGGACGUUUCAGCAGGAGUUCUGGCUUGCCGAGUUCCUCCAACAUUUUAUGUGUGUUACUUGGAUUUCUAGCAUCUGCAGAUUUUCUCUUGUUUGCUAUAGGAGCUUCUCUGCAUUUAUCUCUGUUUAUUCCUUCUGUAGAGGUCAGUUAGUUACAUCUUACUGGGACAGAUUGAACACUAUUUAUGUUCUAUAACUAAUAUGCACAGAACAACAGUAAAACAAUGGAUUGGUGCCCUCAUAUUCAACUAAUGGCAGAGUACAGGCUGCAUUAACACACAUAUCAGAGUAUUCAAUUGCAAAAGUAUUCAAAAGUAAUCAACAUUUACAACAGACAAAUAUUUUACAUGGGUUCAUAAUCUUACAAAUUUUAAUUUUCUAAAACUUACAUUAAAUGGAUGUGCCUUCUAAAGUACUGUGUUAAAAGAUCCAAAUGAAUAUUUAGAAAGUAAAAUUUUAAAGCAAUAUGCCUUUUUAAAAUUUUAGCUCAUGCUGACAUUUAUUACUUUGUGAAAAAGCAUUGAUGGUGUGAAAUAUCAGAAGUAAAGAAUUAAUUUUCACCAAAC